GCGGACCCGGAGCUGCUGUCUGCUGUGACCCUGGUUCGUGAGGGCCGGUGCGCCAUGUCUUUCCGCGACCUCCGAAAUAUGACACUUUAAUAAGGCAUAUUAUACUGGAUUGGAUUCAAAAAAAGAGGUUCCAGUGGAGAAAAUGACUAAUUUGGCUUAUAAUAUAGUACUGAAGUUAAUUUCCUAGUUUUGAUUUCAUAGAGAUGAUGAGAGCCCUGGGGUACCCACGACAUAUUUCCAUGGAAAACUUCCGCACACCUAACUUUGGACUUGUAUCUGAAGUGCUUCUCUGGCUUGUGAAAAGGUAUGAGCCUCAGACUGACAUCCCUUCUGAUGUUGAGACGGAACAGGACCGAGUUUUCUUCAUUAAGGCAGUAGCCCAGUUCAUGGCCACAAAGGCACAUAUAAAACUCAAUACUAAGAAGCUUUACCAAGCAGAUGGGUAUGCGGUGAAAGAGCUGCUGAAGAUCACGUCCGUCCUUUAUAAUGCUAUGAAGACCAAAGGGAUGGAGGGCUCUAAAGUAGGAGAGGAAGAUAUCAGCAAGUUCAAGUUUGACCUUAGCUCCAAGAUUGCAGAUUUGAAAGCAGCCAGGCAGCUUGCUUCUGAAAUCACCUCCAAAGGAGCAUUUCUGUAUGACUUGCUGGGAAAGGAAGUGGAGUUGAGGGAACUGAGAACAGAAGCAAUUGCCAGACCUCUGGAAAUAAAUGAGACCGAAAAGGUGAUGAGAAUUGCAGUAAAAGAGAUUUUGUUACAGGUUCAGAAGACCAAGGACCUGCUCAAUAAUGUGGCCUCUGAUGAAGCCAACUUAGAAGCCAAAAUUGAAAAGCGAAAAUUAGAACUGGAAAGAAACCGGAAGCGACUCCAGACUCUGCAGAGUGUUAGGCCAGCCUUUAUGGAUGAAUAUGAGAAGAUUGAAGAGGAAUUGCAAAAGCAGUAUGACAUAUACCUAGAGAAGUUUCGAAAUUUGACUUACCUGGAACAACAACUUGAGGACCAUCACCGGAUGGAGCAAGAGAGGUUUGAAGAAGCUGAAAAUACUCUCCGCCUAAUGCAGAACAAACUGAAGGAAGAGGAAAAGCGUCUUCUUAAGAGUGGAAGUAAUGACGACUCAGAGAUAGACAUCCCAGAGGACGAUGAAUCUGAUAGUGAGCUGGAGGAGAGACAGCUCUCCAAGCCGCGGACAGCCAUGGAGGUGCUCAUGCAAGGAAGACCCAGCAAGCACAUUGUGGGCACAAUGCAAGGUGGAGACUCCGAUGACGAGUUGGAAGCAGCUCCACCUCUCUUAGGUAAAUGCAAGACUCCCAACUCCAGGAAACAGGAAAACUCAGAGGACAGUGAAAUUGACCUGGAGGAUGAUGAAGAUGAUGAUGAUGAUGAUCUGGAGGACGAGAGCAUUGCUGUCUCACCUGCUAAGCCCAGUCGACGGGUCCAGAAACCUGAGCCUCUGGAUGAAAGUGACAAUGACUUCUGACUUCUUACCAAAGGACCCAGGCAGAUUAAAAACCCCAGAUUUAUAGGUGAACAGGAAAUUAGAAGGCUUGGAAGGUGGACAAGUACUCUGUUCCAUAAGCUACCUGGGCUGAUUGAUUAUUACCAAAGCAGGGCUGCUUCCUGUUUUAUUCUUCUGUGUUUAUACCAUCCAUGUUCCCUGAGCCCUAAAUGAGAACCAAAAUCAUAAGAUGAUUUUCUUUUUCCUUCUUUGUGUCUUAGAACUUUGGAAAUGCCUGUUUUUAAUAAAUCAAAUCCACAGGACAAAAACUCAAGAAAUAUAGGCUGUCGUCAUGUGAGUCUUCACUGCUGCUGCACACUGACAGCCUGGGCCCUGAAACAUGGCACAGGGCUCAGUUUAGGAAUCCUAGGGAAACAUCUGGCUGUUAAUCAGUUUCCCAAUUGAGAACUUUUAUUAUACUUAGACUUUUAAUUCUAGCCUUUAUUCCAUUUUAUAGUCUUCUUUUCCUCUGCGUGUGCACAAUACCAAGCAUUAGUUACAUUUUAAUAACUAAGAUGUUGUGAAAAAUUAGCUAAAUUAGAUGAAAAUCAGCUUUUCUUGGAAAUCAGGGAAGAGAGAGGGGUUCCAGGUCGUGAAGGCAGAUGCUCCUCUAGGGGUUCAGAAUCACCUUAGAGUGAAGCCACCUGCGUGUUUUGCCUGAUGCCAAAUUCUUGCCCCUGUGACAGCCAGGAUGUCCUUCCACAGUCCUUUGUCCACACACAUGGGUGGAUGCAAGUUUCCUUCAUCUGGCUGCCCUCUUAGAGGAGGCUAGCCCCAUGGAAGUACAGUGCAGGUUCAUGUUUCUGAUUUUAAAAAGCCAAAACUAAAUUAGAGCAGCACAGAAGAAUUUCCCUGCUGUGAAAUGAAGAGCGCAGGUUGACCUGGCUUUACAGUAAAAACAUGAAACAGAUUUUCAUUUAUUUUGCAGUUAUUAAGUCAGAGGAUUUCUAA